AUGGGACAAAAUCAGAGCAGCGCAAAGGAUGAAAUUGAUGUAGUGGACCUGCAAGAAAUGUAUAAGAAAUAUGUCAGGGAGUGUCCUAGUGGGGCUUUGUAUCUCCACGAGUUUAAACAAUUUUUUGGCGUUUCGGCAAACAAUGAAGCCUCACAGUUUGUGGAUCGCAUGUUCACUUCUUUUGAUCGAAAUGGGGACAACACAAUAGACUUUCUGGAAUAUGUAGCCGCCCUGAAUCUCGCUCUUCGUGGGAAACUGGAACAUAAACUGAAGUGGUCGUUUAAAAUAUAUGAUAAGGACGGCAAUGGCUGUGUGGAUAAACAGGAGCUAAAGGAGAUUAUACAGUCUGUUUAUAGUAUUAAGAAGGACUGGACAAAGGAAGGAGAUGCCCAACUGCUGAGCCCUGAGGACGUGUGCAAUAGGAUCUUCCAUCUGGUGGACGAAAAUGGAGAUGGUCAACUUACCCUGCAGGAGUUUUUAGAAGGAGCGAAAAAAGACAGAUGGGUAUCAAAGAUGCUACAACUGGACACCAAUCCCUGUACCUGGAUUAUGGAUCAGAGAAGAAAGAGUGCAUUAUUCUAG